AUGCUGUCCGCCUUUCCUCCAGGUGCGAAGAGAAGAAAAGUAGAAACUAAAGAAACUAUCAACAAUGAAAAGACAGCUAUCAGCACUUAUAAAGCUCUCAAAUUGCGCUCGAUACAUCAUCCACGUACCUUUGGAAGAAAUCUGAUAGUGCCUGCACGAUCUAUAUUGCCUAGAUUUAAAAGCCCAAACAACAUGGUAUAUCAAUUCGUCUUUCCUGAUAGUGAAUUAUGUACGCCAUUCUAUCUCGAUUUUUGCCAUCAUGCUCAGGGAGGCCAUAUACUGGCUGUGGGAGAUGAGGAUGGCCGCACAACUCUUUUACGAACAGACAAGGACAACAAUGCAGACAAUGCCGAAUACCAUCAGUCCUUUUAUUGCCACAAGCAUUCUAUUACCGAUAUUAAAUGGAGCAAUAAUGACACCAUGCUCUUGACAGCAGCAACAGAUAGACUCGUUAGACUGUGGGAUGUGGAAGUGCAGACAUCGUUGGCCGAAUUCUCUGGACAUGGCGAUGUCGUAAAAUCAGUCAAUUGGCAUCCUAGCAAUGAACAUUUGCUUGUCACUGGUUCCAAGGAUGGUUCGUAUCGGGUGUGGGAUACAAGGUUCAAUCAAAGAGCUGCUGCAGACCCAAACGACCUGACUCGAAUUCCCGUAUACAACCCCAUCAAAGUAGUACCCGAUGCUCACAAAACAUCAGUACCUCGAGGCGGAAAGCGAACAGGACCCAAACCACAGCGCAUUCGAUCCGUCACCUGCGCCAUGUUUCUCAACAGGGACGAGGAUAAGAUCAUAUCCAGUGGAAGUACAGAUGGAUCCAUUAAAGUAUGGGAUAUUCGACAUGGCCGCACUGCAUCUGUGAUUGCAUCCGCCACAUUUGCAACAGAGAGUGGAAAUACAAGAGGAAUCACAGAUAUGAAACUUGACAGCUCAGGACAGCGUCUAUUCAGCAGUUGCAUGGACAAUCACAUCUACAUGCAUUAUUUAUCGGAUCUAUCAAAACCAGCACUCAAGUUUUCGGAUCCAAUUUAUAAAGUCGGUGGCUUCGAUACUCGAAUUUCUCUCUCACCAGAUGAUCGAUUCUUACUAUCCGGUUCACUCAACAAGGGGUUAUUUGCCUGGGAGGUGGAUCAUCCAAAUGCAAAGGCUCAGCAAUUUGAAGGGCACACAGAUAAAGUGACAGGCGUAUCUUGGAGCAAGACAUCCAUGUUCCAGUUUGCAAGUUGUUCUGAGGACUUCAAUACUAGAAUUUGGAAUUUUGAGUUUUAA